CUUUUGCAUUGCUAGUCUUUUUUCAAUUUAUUUGGCAUCUAUGGACGUUGUGUGGGUCGCCAGAUUUUCGAUUUUUUUGUUUUUGUAACAACAAGACAACAGCGCUACACUCGCCAACCCAACUUUGCUAAACAUCGACAAGUUGUUUACAACGAAUUUUUAUAAUAAAAAUAAAAAAAAUUACUAAAAAAAUAUUUAAAAAAAAUUGCUAAACCACAUAAAAGUUCAUAAAUUUAACGGUACUAAAAGGACGCACAAAUUUAUAUACAAUUUUACUUGUUAACGGCUGCCUACUACGAAAUUUCCCGAUUGCAUUUAAUAUUAGAAAAAUAAACAUUUGACAAUAAAAGAAAAACUGCAUUCUCGCAUUCUCCAAGUUUUCAUCAAAUAAAAUGGGUCGGAAAAUUACUGUCGCAGUCUCGACACUAAAUCAAUGGGCACUGGAUUUCGAAGGCAACUUAGCCAGAAUAUUACAGUCUGUCUUGGAAGCCAAAGAAUUGGGCGCUUCAUAUCGCACAGGACCUGAAUUGGAAGUGAGUGGCUACAGUUGUGAAGAUCAUUUUCGUGAACCGGACACUUAUUUGCACUCAUGGGAAGUUUUACUGGAAAUCAUGAUGUCACCCAUUUGUGAAAAUAUGUUGGUUGAUGUCGGCAUGCCAGUAAUGCAUCGGAAUGUUGCCUACAACUGCCGGGUUGUGUUCUUUAAUCGAGAAAUACUACUGAUUCGCCCCAAAAUGGCAAUGUGCGAUGACGAUAAUUACAGAGAGUCGCGCUGGUUUACGGCUUGGACAAAAUCACUGCAAACUGAAGAGUACUUCCUGCCACGAAUGGUUGCGCAUCACACUGGGCAAACCACAGUGCCAAUUGGUGAUGCAGUUAUUGCUACAAAAGACACUUGCAUUGGGUAUGAGAUAUGCGAGGAGCUUUGGAAUGUUCGAAGUAAACACAUCGAAAUGUCCUUAUCUGGCGUGGAAGUGAUUGUCAACAGUUCUGGCAGUUAUAUGGAAUUGCGAAAGGCUUAUAUUACUACCGAUUUGGUACGCAACGCUAGUUUUAAGGCGGGUGGUGCCUAUUUAUUCAGUAACUUACGUGGGUGUGAUGGACAGCGCGUGUAUUUCAAUGGUUGUUCGGCAAUUGCAUUGAAUGGAGAAAUUGUAGCAAGAGGAAAACAGUUUUCCUUACAGGAUGUGGAAGUAACAAUAGCCACAAUAGAUCUUGAAGAUAUACGUUCAUAUCGCGUCUCCCAACGUUCACGUUGUAACAUAGCUGCCUCCGCGCCCACCUAUCCGCGUAUUGUGUGCGAUUUUGAGAUGUCCACACACAACGACAUAUUUAAAUUUGCCAGUACUCCAAUGCAGUGGAUAUAUCAUUCACCUGAAGAAGAAAUUGCAAUGGGUCCAGCUUGUUGGCUAUGGGAUUACCUUCGUCGCUCUGGUCAAGGUGGUUUCUUUCUGCCGCUAAGCGGUGGUGUUGAUUCAAGUAGUUCUGCUACAAUUGUACAUGCAAUGUGUCGACUUAUUGUUAAUGCUGUUCAAGCUGGAGAUGCGCAGGUUCUUCACGAUAUACGUAAAAUACUAGCUGACGCUGAAUAUACACCUGAUAAUCCCGCCGCUCUUUGCAAUAGACUUCUAGUUACAUGUUUUAUGGGCAGUGUAAAUUCUAGCAAAGAAACACGCCGACGCGCUUCACUAUUAGCUAGCCAACUUGGCAGUUAUCAUAUAGAAAUUAGCAUUGACACAGCAGUGAAUGCAUUGCUAGGCAUUUUUAAUGCCGUGACAGGCCUAACACCUCGCUUUCGUACUCAGGGUGGUUGUGCACGUCAGAACCUCGCAUUACAAAACAUACAAUCACGCAUUCGCAUGGUGCUUGCCUAUAUAUUUGCGCAACUCAUGUUAUGGGUACGAAAUCGUCCCGGUGGUUUGCUUGUUUUAGGCUCGGCAAAUGUAGAUGAAUCCUUACGUGGUUACUUAACAAAAUACGAUUGUUCCUCUGCUGAUAUAAAUCCUAUAGGCGGUAUAUCAAAAACUGAUUUACGCCGCUUUCUCAACUAUGCUAAAGAUAAAUUUAAUUUACCUGUAUUGGAGUCCAUUGUCGAAGCUCCACCAACAGCAGAACUAGAACCUUUACAAGAUGGUCAACUGAUGCAAACCGAUGAACAAGAUAUGGGCAUGACUUAUGCUGAGCUUAGUGAAUAUGGACGCUUACGAAAACAAGGUUGCUGCGGUCCAUAUAGCAUGUUCUGUAAACUAGUGGGUACUUGGCGUGGUGACUUAAGUCCAAAGGAAGUGGCUGAUAAAGUCAAGCAUUUUUUCCGUUGUUAUGCCAUAAAUAGGCACAAAAUGACAGUUAUUACCCCUUCUGUACAUGCGGAAAGUUAUAGUCCUGAUGAUAAUCGUUUUGAUCAUCGACCAUUUUUAUAUCGCGCUAAUUGGAGUUGGCAAUUCAAAGCGAUCGACGAUGAAGUUGAAAAAUUACAACUUGUAUGUACACCUUCUUCCUCGCAAAUGCGACCCAGCACAGAUGAUUUGUUAUCACGCGAGUCGUCGCAUCGUUCAUCACAUGUAGAAUCUAAACACUCAUCACCACUGUCGUGUUCAUCUGUUGAUACUGGUGCUGUUCCGCCACCACAAAUGGGUGGUGCUACCAGUUGUAGUACGGGUGCAUUAGCCAAAAAACCCAGUGGCUACACUAAGGUGCACGUAAAUGUGCUUGGAAAGAUUAAGGAUCGUACUGGAAUACCUGUUUAAAUUGCAUUUUAUUAUGGAAUUGAAAAAUAUUAUAUCAGAGAAUUGCACAGGAAUUGUGAAAAAAUGAGAUUUAUAAAACGUCGUCAUAUAAGUUACUUUAAUAAGAAAUAGAGAAACAAACACUAAUAAUGAAUUUUA